CGUUAUCUCCCGCGGGCAGUUGGCGUCCGCAGCGUGUGUCAGAGCAGCCUGGCGCACGGUCGGUUUCUCAACGUGCUGCCUGCAGAACGCGCUGGCUCCCCGAAGGGAUCGGCUGUGGUUUCAUAUUUCAUUUCCCUCGCACGCUACACCCGAAUUCCAGACGCUUUCUGGCUUCGCUGCUGCAUGGACUUAGAGAUAGGUCCUUUGCCGUACCCAGCGGAGGCAGACGGGGCUUCCCUCAGCGCCGGGGAGUGGACCAUGAAGACGUCAAUUGUAUUUUUGCUUUGCAUCUCAGUUUUCCCAGGCUUUUCCCAGGGCAGAGUUGUUAGAGAGGAUGAAACUGGUUUUGCUGAGUGUAACGUGUUCUUCUCUGGACAAGUCCCACCCGAAGGAUUUACGGAGCCGUUCCAUGUGAAAAUCUGUCAACAGUACAACAAAGAGCCACGCUUUGCAACCCUCUACAGUACUAAGGACAAAAUCCCCCUUUAUUCUGCUUUUAAGUUUACAAAGCCAGCCCAAAGCGAGAAGGAGAACUGGCUGGUUGAACCGCAGAUAGAUGAUCCAGAAAAUGACUUGCAUGAGAUGGUGCAUGAAGCUGAUAUCACUGGCACUGUGGCCAACCUUGGUGCAAAUCAAGCCCUGACCUCAGACUAUGUGGGCUCUGGCUAUGAGAGAGGGCUGCUCAAUCCCAGCUUGCUUCAUGAGGAGGAUUUCCAGAUGGCCACUUACACACUCACGAAUGCUGUCCCUCUAAGCCCAGCUCUGAGCAAAAACUGGCACAGAGACAUCAGGAAGGUAGUGGAGCAAGCUCUGAUCCCUCACUGCUCCAAGAAGGAUCAUCUGUAUCUCCUCGCGGGUGCAAUUCCUUCCAGUGUCCGAGUUAAAGGCAAGGUGUCUGUGCCAGAGAGCCUAUGGCUGGCAGCCUGCUGUGAUGCUCCGGAGGGAUGGUCCCUGGGACUAGUGAAAAAGGUUAAUGAUGAAAACAACCUGGCGGACCUCACGGUGGGAGAGCUGGAGAAGCAGCUUCUAGCAGAAGUUCACUUGUUCAAGGGUGACUGUGGGAAAGACAAACAAAACCAGGAGAAAAGAGAAGCAGUAUUGCAAGCUGUCAGUCAGAUCCGCUCUGGGGAGCAAGUAGAAACAACUGACAGUCAGGAGACCAAAGACAGUGGCUGGGUGAGAAAAGUGGCUGGCAUCAUUGCUACCCCUUUCAUCAAACUUCUGGAACUCCUCAUCUACAUCUUUGUGGAACUGGUGAAAUUUGUGUUUUAUUUUCUGUGGCUUGUUGUCAAGCGAGUUUGUGGUACAGUUCUGGAUGGACUCUACAGCUUGUGGAGUGGGUUGGUGUCCUACCUAAAAGCCAUCAGCAUGGUGCUCAUAAGCAUUCCUUAUGAUCUGGGGAGGGUCAUCAUCAACAUCUUCCUGGGCUUUCUGCAAAUUGUUCAAGAUGUGGUGUCCCUCACCUACAGGAUCCUGAGCAUCCCAGUGGGGUUUGUCCUUCACCUCGCUGCUUUCCCCUACUACUCCAUCUGUGCCAUUCCAUCUGUCCUUAAAGACAUAGCCACCGGUAUUGGGGGCACCUUCUCUCUGGUCAUCAAUGCCACAGCCGCAGUUCUGCAUGGCUUUUAUUACCUGGCUGCUCACAUAGUCAAACGAUUUGUCCCUAAAGGCUCCUCUGAUGACUGAUAAGGAUGGAAACCAAGGCUGCAAAUACACGGAGUGAAGGAGUAGUGGGGCAAUGCUUUUAAGAUAUGUGGAAAAAUGCUGUCAAUUUUGUUCUGGUAUUUAUUGUAGUGACAUUAUGAACUGACUGGGGAAUAACAGGGAGGGCCGAGGCAAUGUCUCUGGGGGCCACCACCAUUGUAACUCAAAUUCUGCCUGUUGUAAAAUGUUUGGGUUUUAUUGGUGCAGGCAACAAAGUUUCUGUGACUUGCAGGUGUCAAGAUGCUUCCUCUGGGAAAUGCUCACUAAAUGUGGUACGAGGUUAUUUCUUUCCGGCUUUGAUAACACUGAGACUUACACAGUGGCAGUGAGCUCUGCAGGAGCCCAUCCCUGCUAAGAAGGUGAUGAUGGUCAGAGAAGGAUUUUAGUUACAGAGGGUUUUCUGGGACUUGAAGAAAAGAGAAGGAGACAAAAGUGAAAGGACUUGGGGCUGGGAAACAGCAGGGAGCAAGGCGGAAUGAGGAUAAGGUCCUGAUGUUGAUUGCAUUCCUCAUUGCACUGGGGUCCCACUGGUGGAGGGAGUGCAACUGAGUGCAUCUCAUGGUCCUCAGGCCUUUCCAGAUAUCUGAAAUGGAGUGGAUCUUGCUGCAAGGAAAGACACAUUGCCCAUUUUUUCGCAUAGUGGGAAAGCAUUUUCCCUUAGCCAUACCAAGGCCAUCUUCCCCCAACCUUUCCUUGCUCUCUUGGUGACCACUGAAGGUGUAAUCCCUGAAGCUUCAAGAUGUGAUGUUCUCUGAAGGUCUAAGCCCCUGAAUGUCUGAGUGUGGAAGCCCUUGUGCCUGCUCCAAAGCUCAGCGGCAUCCAGGAAUUGCACUUUUGGCUUAAAAUCUGUUGCCACCUGCCUUGCCUCCGUUGAGAGCUGACUGCUCCUGAAGCACACAGGGGACUACAGACUGUCAGGUGGGAGGAGAGGCAGGAGGGGGUCCUGGAGUGCAGCACAUGUUUUGCUGUGUAAACACCUGCCGAGUGAGCUCAUGCACAAGCGGACAUCUUAAUAUCAGAGGCAGAACCAACCCUUCUUCUGCAUUGCUCAUCAUCUCACUCUUCACCUCUUCUCCUUGACAGCAUGAGCCAUGUCCCCUGACAUCUGGGAUACUGGAGCUGGGGUACACGCAGGGGAUUUGCAGGGGACCAUCAGAGGUUUGCAGCCACAUGAGGGGCACAGGGACAUUUGCUGCUGCUGGAGGAGGGCACAGGGUUGCUGCCCUUCCCCAGGGCUUUGGAUCUCUUGAUGCAGUUGCCUGCAGGAGGGAGGCUGUAUGUCCCAGCAGUAUUUACUUUUGCUGGACUCCAAGAGGCAUUUGGGAGUCCUACAUACAUGGAUCUUUCCCUUCAUUCCCAUCUCUGUCCCUCCCUUCAGGACCAUGUUGGUGUGGACCUCUGAUCUGCCAUAGCAUCCCAUAAUGAGUCCUGCGAGUGAGCAAGCAGGUGAUGCCAUCCCAUAGGGGACGCAGUGGUGCUCUAUUGGUAGUGGCCAGUCCUGGGUUGAAGAAAACCCAGUUACUAACACGACAACUUUGCCUGUGUCAUGCUGCCUGCAGCAAGGCUGAGCUGGGGGUAGUUGGAUUAAAAGGGAAAAGGAGAUUUGCCUGGUUCAUAUGGGACAGAGAGUUGUUUCCUUAGCUCAGGGGCUGUGUCUAAGGCAAGCAGAUGUGUGUGCAUGUCCCAGAUCAGCACACCCUGACCAGGUAGCACCCUGUUCAGCAGUGAUGCAAAUGGCAAAGUUGGGGGUGCCAACAAUGGGGAUGAAGUGGGAAGGCUGUGGGAUUAGUGGUAAAAAAGGAUAACUCCUUGUCCCACCCUUCAUGGGGCACAGCUGGUUUAUGGAGAAAGAGAGGCCAUCUGCAAUCAGUACUGGCUUUGUUGAAGAGGAAAGGCGGCUUUUGUAUGCCAAUAUGGCUUUAGUGGGUAGAGUCAGCAGUGUUUUACUUCAGGGAUUUUGGGUGCAAAGGGCGAGGUCCAGGUUGCUGCUCCCAGCAAGCCAACAGCAGCCUGCUAAUGCUCUCCAAACUAAACUUUGCAUCUGUGUCCACUCAAAUAUGCCUUUUCUGCUGCUGAGACAGGUGCGGAGCUGGUUUCCCACUCCUUCACGAGACCCUGUCUCAACCCCACCACUCCUCUUGGGCUGCAUGGCAACUGUCAAGGCAGGAAAGCAUCCAGCUCAGGUCCCUGGAGAUGCCAGAGUGGGGUGACCGGGGCCCCAGCCUGGGGGACCCAGGAUCCCCAGCAGCUUCUGAAGGCACAUGUUGUGGCAGUAGCUCUCAAAUGCAACCCAAGCACGGGAGGAGGAGCUGCCCCCCACAGCUGCCUGUCUUGUGCCUUCUGUUUGGCCUUGUCUUUGACCCAUCUUAGCUGUGAAGUCUUGCUCAGUGGCCAGGGAUGCACUUCUUGGGGUUUCUUCACCCAGAGCAGCCUCCCUACACCUUAACGCAGCAAACCCUGCAUCCCAGCUCCACUGGCAUCUCCAGUGCAGUGCCCAGUCACAGUGAUAUGGGAGCUCAUUUGCUCCCAGAGGCAGCAAAGCUGGGGAACCUUAAGAAGUCUGGAUUGUUGUAACCCCAUCACAGUCACUCCCCAGCCUAGCUCGGGUCAGGCCCCCAGGUCUCUGCUGUAUCUAUGACUUCUGACUGCAAGUGGACAGUCCCUGAAAUCUAAGGCACUGCAGCUCUGUAGGAUUUGGGCAGAUGUGUAACAGUGUUAUUAAAAUGGUCUUAACACACUUGGAUUUCAAACACUAAGAACUGUAACUGUCAUGGGGCACUUUUCUUCCCGGCUACAUAUCUGGGCAGGUGAUGGGAAAUCUGCCUCAAAUGCUGAGCAAUUAUCACAGAACAAGCAACAUCCUGCUACAAAAUGCUGUUUGAGAUUAUUCUUAUCUAGGCAUGAUUUAUGGUUCCAGAGCUUUACUCUAUCCUUGGAAACAUAUGGUUUCAACAAAAUAAAAUGACUUUUCCAAAGCAGGGCUGGUAUAACUUUCUGUGGUAGUUGCAAAUGAGAUAAUGUAAUCCGGGGUGCCCUGACUAAUCGAGAAAGCAUCAGCAGCACAGUUGUUCUUUGUUACAGCUUGACAUCUGAUAUUAAUGGCCUUUUUGUGCUUUUAGUGCUUUUAAAACACCUUUCUUCUCUCAAAACACUCUAAGACUCAAUUGAUUAAGCUGCAGAAUAUGUAGGUAAAAGCUGAGGAGUUGCAUGCAACAAAUUUAGCUCUGCAUGUGCCAGGAGAGGGGAUGCUUUGAUUCUUGUGAGAUGCGAUGCGAUGCAACUGGGGUGCAACUUGAUGGCCAGUUUGAUACAGAAAUCACAUCACAGCAGCAUGGUUCUUCACAGCUGACAGAGAGAAGCUCCUCUUGUAUGGUGCUGUUCCUUGGACCGGCCUAUUAUCACAACUUCUUUAGAAGGAGAACAAGCACUCUGAAAGUGGCAAUUUUCCUCCUCUGACAGUAUGGAGAUCCUGGGACGAGUAAACCAGAUGUUGACACCUACAUUUUGCAAAUACCUGUCUUUGGGCAGACGAACCCCUGGAGCUGAGUCUGUAUCUGUCUCAGGUGUGUAGGAGCUGGUGAGGCACUGGCACAGGCACAGGUUGCCUGGAGAAGCUGUGCCUACCCAUCACUGGAAACAGUUGAGAUCAGGUUGGCAGGUUGUGUGGAACUUUCAGCAACAUGGUCUAGUGGAAGGUGUCCCUGCCUCAACCAGGUCACCCAAAGCUUCGACACAGGGGUCUCUGCACCUUGAGGUGACCCUGGUCUCUGCUGCAUCCACCCUGGGACCAGGCAUUGAUAAUGGAAGAGGGACUUAGCAAUCCCAGCAGCACAGCCCUGGGCUCAGGCCCUCUGGGUCACACCUCUGCUGCCAUUGUGUGUUUUGGAGCUCCUCACCUCUGUGUGGAGCUCCAUCACCAGAUCCGUCCCUCCCUCCAGCUAGGGAGCUGCUCCUGUUCAGCAGGGAAUCGAGCCAUGCUUGUUCACAGGUUAUCUCUCCAGCAUAGUCGUGCCAGAAAAUGGGAAAGAUAUUGGAAAAUAAAUACCAGUGUAACUCGUUUGGCCAGGAGGGAUUGUCUGGGAGCACAGAAGGUUAGGUGUGUCCAGGGUGUGUGUGUUAGUGUGGUUGCAAUACUGUCGGUUUGGCAUGGGAUGAUUUUGCUGCACAGUCUCCUAGGCUGUUGGACUUACUUUGAUUUGGGAACGGAUUCACUGGGCAACAUCUGCCAUUGAUUUCCACAGAACUGGUGUUUCUAGCCAAGCAGAAAUGCCUAAAGACUUUCCAGUGGUGUUAGUGUUACAGCUGUUUGGAAAAUCUCCAAGGAAAGAUAUCCUGUCAGAAUGGAGUGAUUUAUCAAACAGAGUUCUUUUCAUGGCAAUUUACCGUUUUUAGUGGAAAAGAUUUUUCAGGACCAGGCUGGAACAAGCAAGGCCGAGAAUCAUCCAAGAGCAGCCCGGGGUCUGGAUUAGAGAUUUGGAUGUGGACAUUCAGCACCUGCUUCUGCCUAACAGUAGGUUUGGUAUGUGAAUAUGGCUGUCUCCAUCUCAGAGGAGUAUCCUUCAGCCAUGGCCCACCUUAGCAUAUGUGUAAUUUCUCCCAUUUGUAAGGGCAGAAAAAACCCUGUGUCCUUUCCAAAAAUACUGAAAUUGUGACAAUAUUCCUGGGAGGUAGAAGCCAUUUUCUACUGAGCCACAAGUAAAAUUGUCUGCAAAACUGAAGCAGAGGCUUCAAAAUCCUCUGCAGUAUCAUCUUUAUUAAUAAUUUGAUAUUUUAAACUAAUUUAACAUGGUGAGGAAUGGACAUCUGGAGCAGAUGUCACUGUGUGACUUUUCCAAACUCCCAGUACUUACUGGUAGAAGACAGUUAUGGACCAAAGCCAGGAGCUGCAGCAGCUCUCUGCUUGGUCCUGACAUCAAAAAACUGCUGAGAUAAGUGGAGGAGCUCCAGAGGGAUGGACUCAUGGAGACAUCACUUUCUGGAUUUAUGCCACCCAAAUGUAGUCAUUUAAAAUUUUUUCUCUGCAGGCACCAGAGUCCUUCCAUUCAGUAUAACUAUCUCACCAGGCUUUUACCUGGGCACCUCAUCUGGAUGCCUAAAGCUGGGGCCGAUGAAGCUUAGCUGGGGUUGGUGGCUGGCGGGGUUUGUUCCACCCAUGAAGACCUUUGAGAUGUCCAUGUAUGUGGUUCACCCAAAUGAUGGUACAGGUGGGGUGAUCUUUCCCACAGUCCUGUAGAAGGCUCUUGGGUCACUAAGUCCUUCCAUACAGGCAGGACUGAUACCAGGGUCUGAUGCUUCCUGAGUGCUGCUUGAAAUGACCCACAGUGCUUGCAGCCACAUUUGGAUGGGGGUACGGAUUUGUGUGUGGUCCCACUGAAACAGAUGGGAUUAAGCCCUGUGUGCACCUCAACCACAUGAGUUGGCCUGACCUGUGUGGAAUGAUUCCAGACCCCAGAGAACUUGGCUCAUAGUUUUUUGAGUUAAUGGAAAUCAUGUGCAUUUGUGGGGUGGAUGAGUUCAUCCUUCACCCUCAGGCAUCUGCGGGGUGUAACUGUACACCUUUGCACUGUAGGUGACAGCCUGCACUUGAAAACACCAUUGCACUUUUCAAAAUUGAGAUGAGUAUCUGAUGUGGAGCAAAGGGGCUGCCUUCUCAAGGAUGUGUGAGAGCAUGGAGCCCAUGGCUGCAGAAGAGGUUUUAAUGGUAACAAGAGGCAUCCUGGUGUCAGAGGGGUGCAGAUGGUAUCUGAGGCUCAUCAUCCCACCAGUUAAGGAGGAUGACAACUCAGAUAGAAUCAUAGAAUCAUUAAAGUUUAAAGGGACCUUUAAGAUCAUUGAGUCCAACCAUUAACCCAGCACUGCCAAGUGCACCACUAAACCAUGUCUCCAAGUGCCACAUCCACAUGUUUCCUGAACACUUCCUGGGGUAGGUGACUCCACCACUUCCCUGGGCGGUCUGUUCCAAUUCCUGAACAAAUUUUUUCCUAAUCGCUAAUCUAAACCUCCCCUGGUGCAGUUUGAGGCCAUUUCGUCUCAUCUUGUCACUUGUUACCUGAGAGAAGAGACAGACCCCCACCUUGCUACAACCUGCUUUCAAGUGUCAUCAAGGAUAAGGGAACAAGUGCUCAGGCUCCAGUGAUUAAAGGCAGUUCUGUCCAUUCCCAGAUCCUGUAAUGCUUCAAAUCAUCCCCCCAUGGGCGGGAUCCUCAAGGGAGAUUUAAUGGUGUGGGAUCUAUCUGGGAACCUGGUACUUGUUUUUUUAUUUCUCUCAGAAGUGUAUUCAAAGUCUCAUUCUUCCUCUGUCUCCCAUUCCCAGCUGAGAGCAGAUGCAGGUGUUCCUCACAGAGCACAUUCCCCCAGUGUACCCUGCUGGCACUGCAGGGACUCACGGGGACACAACACUGAGGUUCUGGACCUCUUGUUGUUGUGGGGAUUCUGCAUUUAGGUCUACUAAUUAAAGCUGGUAAUGAUGCCUCCAGCUGAGCUGCUUCUGUUCAUUCUUUUUCCUAAAAUUGUAUUUUUCUUGGUUUGUUUUUCUUUUUUGGCAGGAAAAAACUAGAAAAGAAAAAAGCCUAGGAGUUAGCUUAAAUCUAAUACUGUGUUCUCAGCUGAUUUUUUCAAAUCACUGUGCUGUGUUGCAGAUGUAAGCUGCAGUUUAAUCUUCUGUGAGCUGAACACUGCAUGCCAACCCUAUGGAGGUGGAUCGGAGUCUCCUAGGAGAUAAUUCAGGGCAGAUGUCACCCUCUGGUGGAGUCUCUCCCUCUCUCCAUGGGCUGUAGAGGAAGCCAAGAGAGAUUAGCUAGGCAAUUUAGCAAGGAAAAUUAAGUGCCUGUAUUGAGGCAGCACCAUCUCCCCAGCCCAGCUCUUGUCCUGGUGCUCUUAGUGCAUCGUGAGAGACACGGCACAACAAGGUCAGCAUGGGAAAGGGGGUCUGGGCUGAUGCUAAACCCUUCUUGGUGGGGUCACGUGCAGCAGCAGCAGCAACUACUGAGGAACUCCUUCCUGGGCAAUUCAAAACUGAAUGUCACAGGUCACAACUGCUAAAACGCUUCCAUUUUGGAUGAAAUCACAUGUUUUGUUGUAUUUUCUGUAUCCAGUUUUUGGCAACAUUUUAUUGGCUAGAUAUGUUGAUACUCUGAACACCAGUUCCAGACAGGAGGAGGAGGAGAACUUCCCUUCUGCAAAAGCACUUUCCUGCAUGUCAGAAAUGUUCCAGUUUUGCUCCAAGGGUCUGAAGAAAGCCCAGUGACAAAAACCACAUGCAGAGGACACAGAGGGUAGGUUUUAAUUUAGAAGGAAAUACAAAUCCAGUGAUUAUGUUCUUUUAUAUAUUGAAAAGUGUACAAAAAUCAAUGAUAUUUAAAUGAGCUUAUUAGGAUGAUGAGUGAUUUUACUUAUAACCUCUAUAAUUCUAGCUCAGGUUUGUAAAGCCUCUGCUCUGCUGGCCAGGUGCCUUACCAAAUUGCUCCAUCAUGAUCCCAUUAGAAGUUUUUUGGGGGAGUUUACAUGCUCCGCUUUUGCCUAUAAUUUGGGCUAAUUUAGUGUGUGUGGCUGAAAUGAAGUCAUGCUGGUGCGUGCACUUCAGUAGCAGUUCAUGUACACUCUGGAGAAUAUACAUCCACUGAUAGUUUUGUACAGGGGUCCAGGGCUGAUCACCAUUUCUUCCCAAUGCCAUGGAGGCACGAGGAGCCUGAGGCGAUGCUGGGAAGAAGCAAAGGAGACCCCAGCACAAGUGAAAAUCCAUCCCUACGGAUGUGGGCUUGCUUGGGCCAUGAGUGGAGAGCUGGUCUCUGGUUGCGAUGGCACACUACUGCUGCUGCCCAGCCUGCUGCUGCUCGUGCCUUCUUGGAUCCAUCUGGGAGCAUGUGCGUGGCUGCACUCCCAGCUGAUGCUGCUCAUGAGGCACACCACGGUGUCUCCCCGUGCUUUGUGAGAAGGGGAGGGACUUGGUGCAGCUUGGGGUCAGCCCAGUCAGGUGUCUCCCCAGGGAUGUUCAGCCAAUGAACAGUCCAUGGCUGCCCACCCUUAUUCCAGCCAUGGCUCUUUCCCAGAUUCCAGGGGCAUCCCACAGGGGUCACCUAUGGGUUGCAGGGAAACUGUCCCGCAGCCACCAGCAUGGUCACACGAGCAUCCCUGUGACAUGGUCCCUGGUCUGCCAUUGCCCUCUGGUCUGUGGGUGUCUCUGGCCAUGGGCUGGUUCCAGGGUGAGCAGUGUGGGCGCAGCAGGCAGUGGGUAGAUGGCAGCAGAGCCAUGGCAGCCAGGUGGAUGGUCAAGGAGAAGUUCUGAGAAAUCACCAACACACAGAGAUAUUUUUUGGCUUUGGAUUUCCUGGAAGAACCAUCUGGAGAGGUGAGGACAGGGUGUGGGGGAGUGGGGCUAUCCUCUGCCUGUGCUGGGUACCCCUGUCUGAGCACUCACACCACGUGCUGGGGGAAGGUGCAGGGACCAAAAUCAGGGCAGGGCAGACUUGAGGAGAGCACCAUCCUGCCCUGCUGCUCACCUGUCCUCUGAGACUUCUAGGAACUAAAGCAAGAAUUCUACAGCAGCCCUUGUUUUUGAGGAAUACUGAAAGUUUAUUAUCUUUUUCACAACAGUGCUGGUGCCUGGAGGUGACAGCCACAGCGCCUGUAAGGGGUCUGAAAACUCUGCCUAGACCUAAGAUGACAAAUAUUUUCAGUGUUUUGAAAUUCCCACUGAAAGUAAAUAAAUAAGCACUUUAUGUAUAUAUAUAUAUAUAUACUCUCUCUCUCUAAAUAAUAUGUAUUAUGUAUGUAAUUAUUUUAUUGUGAUCAGUGCAUUUUUCAGGGCAGGAUGAAGCUGAACCAGUCAGAGAUGCCAGCAGGCAAUGGCCAUUGGUCACAGCCCUCCUCGGAGUACACACAAUACCUCUGAACUUUAAAUAACUAAAGGAGUUAUUUCCAUUGUGAAGAUAGGCCAGCUGAGCAUCCUGCAGCUGGAGGAUAAGAUAUACCCAAAACACCCUAAGUCUGCAGCUUGUGUUAAUUAGUUUUGUCUUUUCAGAGGGGAGUUGAGCACCUUUCCUAGGACAAACCGACUAGUGAUCCCUCAGCUCUAAGUCACCCUUCCCUGGGGGCUGGAUGGGGCAGAGGGCAGGACUGGGUGACUUGGGGGCAAUUUGGCUGCUAGAUAAGCUUGGCACUGCCCUGAGCCAGCACUGUUGGCACACAUUUCCCUUCUCCUUCUCAUUUCCUUCAUGGUUUUAUGGAUCUCACCCACUGCUGCUCUGAAGUUCACUCUGGGCAUCCUGGAAGAGGAAUUAAAUAACCUCUGUAUUAAAUAACACAUAGAUUAAAACCCACAACAAGGGCAUGAAGGGGAAAGACACUUCAAGGACUGGAUUUUGUCCCAAAACACAGGAUGUUCUGUUCCAGAGAUGUGUUCCCCAGCAUGUGGUAAAUGAUGGCUCAAACAGGAAACAGGUUUUAUCCAUUUUAUUUAACCAAUGAAAUUCCUACUGAUAACAAUGAAAGUAAUUUCAGCAAGUAUAAAUGCGAUACAGUUUUAAACAAACCCCAUUGUUCCGUACCUAUAAAUAGAUUUUUCAAAACCUCAUAAAAAGUGCAGAUUUAUGAAUUGCUGUUAAAAUGUUAAUACAUGAUUCCUUUGUUUAAAAAUGCGUUUUUGUCUCUUAACUCACAAAAAAAAAAGUUCCUUCUGCAUCUGUUCAGAUAAAUUCAAGUCGGGUAACUUAAAAACUAACAAAAGUCACACACA